UCUCUCUCUCUCUCUCUCUCUCUCGUGGAAGUCUUUUUCUGGUCUUCUCACCAUGUGGGACAUGCGAGUUGGAAUUAGGUUAUUCAACUCGAGUAAACAAAACCUAAACGAUUGCUUUAAUUUCUGUAAUUCUCCAGAGAAUUUUAUAUCCAAUUCCAUCAGCGGGUCCAUUAUAUUACAAUGUUUAUACACGUCAAAUUCCAGCUAUUCAGCGGACUCGGUCAAAACUAAUUUCAUUGGGUAUCUUCUUUGUCAGUGGUUCCUUCCCAUAUUUUGUAUUUGUAUUUUUUUGCAAAAUUGCGACAGCCUUUUAUCCGUUCAGUUCAUAUCACUAACCUCUCCCCACACCUCCAAAUCUAUUCUCCCUUCUGCAUUUUUACCGUGGUGGCUCAAGCAUUGACUUGCCUUUUUGGUUGCCACCUGCUAGCUGUUUGAUCAUUUUCCUCUUCGCAGGACGAAACCCAGAUUCAUAUCAGUCCAGUACAUCGUCAUCAACAAGAUCUUCUCGCUGGUGUUAAAUAUUCAUCCUUGCGCAGUUGUGAAACUUGAGAAUAUCAAGAAACCCGAUUUGUUUCAAACAGGACAAGUGUCAGUACAUGGCUCAAUCUGCGUAUGACGAUUCUUGGCCGGAAGACUCGCAACAUGGUCAGGGCGUACAAAAUCUGCCAUUUAAGACCUCGAAUGCUUCUUUGAAGGUCCGUCUAUUGCACGGGAGUUUAGACAUUUGGGUGAAAGAGGCCAAGAACCUCCCUAACAUGGAUAUGUUUCACAAGAAAUUAGAUGAAAUGUUCAGCAAAUUACCGGGAAAAUUCAGCAGCAAGAUUGAAAACAUGAGCGACCCGUAUGUUACAAUUUCAGUCUCCAAUGCUGUUAUUGGGAGGACUUUUGUUAUCCGAAAUAGUGAGAACCCAGUUUGGAUGCAGCACUUUUAUGUUCCUGUUGCACAUUAUGCUGCAGAGGUGCACUUUGUUGUGAAAGACAAUGAUAUUGUGGGCUCUCAGAUCAUAGGGGCCAUUGGGAUACCCGUUGAGGAACUUUUGUCCGGCACAAAACUGGAAGGUACCUUCCCAAUUCUUAAUUCCAGCGGGAAGUCAUGCAAACCUGGAGCUGUCUUGACUUUGUCAAUUCAAUACAUCUCCAUGGAGAAAAAUACCCUUUCCCAUAGUGGGGUUUCAUCACAUCCUGAGUCUCGUGGGGUCCCUGGAACUUAUUUUCCUCUUAGGAAAGGUGGAAGGGUUACACUUUAUCAAGAUGCCCAUGGCCAUGAUGGUGGCCUUCCAAAUUUCAGACUUGACCAUGAUAUGCAGUAUGAGCAGGGCAGUUGUUGGCGUGACAUCUUUAAUGCAAUCAGUCAGGCCCGUCACUUGAUAUACAUUACAGGGUGGUCUUUGUACCACGAAAUUUGACUUGUUCGAGAUAAUGCCAAAGCAGCAGAAUUCACUCUAGGUGACCUCCUUAAAACAAAGUCACAAGAAGGUGUGAGAGUGCUGCUCCUUGUGUGGGAUGAUCCUACUUCUAGAAGCAUUUUGGGCUAUCAGAAGGAUGGAAUCAUGCAAACCAAUGAUGAGGAGACUCGACGGUUCUUCAAGCAUUCUUCAGUGCAAAUUCUGCUUUGCCCUCGAUCUUCUCGUAAAGGCCAUGGCUGGGUCAAACAACAGGAAGCAGGAACAAUCUACACCCAUCAUCAAAAAACUGUGAUUGUGGAUGCUGAAGCUGGUGACUCUAAGAGAAAGAUCAUAGCAUUUGUUGGGGGGCUAGAUUUAUGUGAGGGAAGAUUCGACACUCCAAAGCAUCCUAUAUUUCGGACAUUACAAACUCUGCAUAAAGAUGACUACCAUAAUCCUAAUUUUGUGGGGCCUACUGUUGGAUGUCCAAGAGAACCUUGGCAUGACUUGCACUGUCGAAUUGAUGGUCCAGCAGCAUAUGAUAUCUUGACCAACUUUGAGGAGCGUUGGACAAGGGCUUCAAAGUACCAUGGACUUAAAAAAAUUAAAAUGUCACAUGAUGAUUCUUUACUCAAAAUUGAUAGGAUUCCAGAUAUCCUAGGAAUAACAGAUGUUUGUUGCUUGAAUGAGGAUGAUCCAGAAGCUUGGCAUGUCCAGGUUUUUCGUUCGAUAGACUCCAAUUCUGUUAAGGGUUUUCCUAAGGACCCAAAAGAUGCAACAAGCAAGAACUUGGUGUGUGGGAAGAAUAUCCUUAUAGAUAUGAGUAUACAUACUGCAUAUGUGAAGGCAAUCCGUGCUGCUGAACAUUUCAUUUACAUUGAGAACCAGUACUUUCUUGGGUCAUCAUAUAAUUGGGCUAACUACAAAGACUUGGGUGCAAACAAUUUAAUUCCAAUGGAGAUUGCACUCAAAAUUGCAAAUAAAAUCAGAGCAAAUGAGAGAUUUGCUGCAUAUAUUGUCAUCCCUAUGUGGCCUGAGGGUGUUCCUACAAGUACUGCCAUCCAAAGGAUUCUCUUUUGGCAGCAUAAUACAAUGCAAAUGAUGUAUGAAAUAAUUUACAAAGUUUUGGAAGAGGUAGGGCUUGAAAAGAAAUAUGAGCCUCAAGACUAUUUAAAUUUCUUCUGCCUUGGCAAUCGUGAAGCUCAAGACAGAGAAGACAUUUCAAAUGCAGCAAAUACCACUGCCAGUAAUACUCCUCAAGCACACACCCAAAAAAACAGACGUUUUAUGAUAUAUGUCCAUUCAAAAGGAAUGAUUGUGGAUGAUGAGUAUGUGAUACUAGGGUCUGCAAACAUCAACCAACGCUCCUUGGAAGGUACUAGAGACACUGAGAUUGCAAUGGGAGCAUAUCAACCUCACUAUACUUGGUCAAACAGAAACUCCAUUCCACGAGGGCAGGUCCAUGGAUAUAGAAUGUCAUUAUGGGCAGAACAUAUUUGUGCUGUGGAGGAAUGUUUUAGACAACCAGAAUCUCUGGAAUGUGUGAGGAGGGUUAGGUCAGUGAGUGAGCUGAACUGGAAACAGUAUGCAGCUGAUGAAGUGACAGAAAUGAAGGGCCAUCUUCUCAAGUACCCGGUUGAAGUUGAUCAAAUGGGCAAAGUGAAGCCUCUUCCGGAUUGUGAAACUUUCCCAGAUUUGGGUGGGAAAAUUAUUGGGAGUCUUGGGGUAGGACCUAUCAACAUAAAAGAAAAUCUCACCAUCUGAUCAAACCAAGCUUCCCGGCCACCAGCCUCAUUCAAAUCCAUUAUGCUAACACUGCACAAGAUGUGCCUCUGUUCAAGUGCAAUGCAUGCCCAGUAUUCAUUCUCUUUUCCUUUCUUUUUUUUUUUCGUUUUUGUUUUACUAUUAUUAGGUUUUUUUGUGGUAGUGAAAUGACUAGUGAAAGCGUUUUAGACGUGAGUGUAGGAAUUCUUAGAAUUCUUGUAUAUUUACAGCACAUAUUUACAGUUAUAUUUAUGGUGAGUCUUGACACCUUGCAAGGAAA